AUGGAGUUCGAUGAAGAGGUAAAUGAAAAUUUAAAAAUGCAGUUUAAGGCUCUGCAGGAACAGCAGCAGAAAAGGAUGCAAAAUCUGAUGGAGAAGAAGAAAGAAAAGCAGCAAAGCCUGAAAACAAACAAGGACAGUCAAAAUGAAGCCUUUGGAGUCAAAGAUGACCUGGAUUUAUCCACUGUGGGCAGUGAGAUGCCGAAGGAGGACGUCAGUAAAAGGUUGCUUGAAAACGAGAAUGAGCAGCUCCAGAACCAGCUUCGCGAGAUCGUAGAUGAAAAUGGCAGGCUGUACAAACUGUUGAAGGAACGAGACUUUGAAAUUAAGCAACUCCAUAAGAAGAUGGAGGAGGAAAGACUGGCUCUAAUGGGGACAUCCGGCUUAGCAGGAGAUGUUGCAGCCACUAAAAUUGUUGAACUGGCAAAACAAAACCGGCACAUGAAUGCAGAGAUUGAAAAGGGGAAAACCAAAGUAAAACAGCUGAAUAAUAGAAUCAAAGAACUGGAAAAAGAAUUACAGGUAUCAGCUGUCAAACUCCAGUCACAUGGCGACACUCAGCCUGCUCGUAAAACUGCAGAAGCACAUUUGAGUCCAGAGAUGAAAGCCUUGCAACACAAACUUUCAACAGCCAACCUCAAAGUGUCUGAAUAUCGCAACGAGCUCCAGACCGCAAAGCAAGAGCUUAAGACAACACAGAAGCUUCUAGCGAAUGAAAUCGGAGAAGAUGUCAGCGUUCAAAAUCUGCUGUCCACCCCCGGUAGCUGGCGUGGGCGGGCUCAGCAGAUUCUUGUCCUACAAGGCAAAGUCCGGGAGCUGGAGAGUCAGUUGGGGCACGGCAAAAGCAGGCUGUCGCAGAGCAGUGCUGACGAAGAAGUGCUCAGCUUUACAGACCCCAGGAAGAAAUCUGCCCAGGAGAAGAACCUGCAGCGGAUUCGGAGCUUGGAAAAAGAAAAGAAAGAAGCCCUGGAGAAACUUACAAGUGAACACGACGCCCUCCAGAAGGAUCAUGAGGAUGUGAAAAAGAAGUUGGAUGGUGCCAAAGCGAGGAACAAGGUGUUGUCCAACGAGGUGAAAACCCUGAAGGAACAGAUCUCGACCCUGUUCGACAAAGGAAAGCAUGACAACGAACUCAUCGAUGCUUUACUGAGCCAGCAGAAGGAAAUGCAGGUCAUCCUAAAGAACCUGAGCCAGCAGGAUGAAAGGAGCAAGGAAUGCCAGCAGAGCCUGGGGAAGCAGCUAAAUGUUGAGGUACAGAAGCAGAACUGCCUCAUAGAACAGCUGAAGCAAAUGGUGGCCGAGCGAGAAGCCAAGGUGAAAGAGUUGGAGGAGAAAGUCAGGCAGCUCACUUUGCAGCGUCACCUUCAUCGACCAGAGGAAAGCAUUUCCGAUUCCGUUUCUUCACUGUCUGCAGAGUCUUUGGAAGAGGAGAAUUCCACCUCAGCGUCCAGGAAAAAUAACCCCAUUGGAAGCAAUAGCGCUGCACGGAAGGUGUCUAAGAUGGGACACACCCUUGUGGACUCCGCAGCUACUUCACUGCCAACCGCACUCUCUCCCGGGAGGGCCGAUGAGAUUGACGACCCAGAUAUGAAACCCCUGAAGGUCCAGAUCACAGAGUACAAGGCUCUUUGCCAGGCUGCUGAGGUGGAGCGGGACAGGCUGAUAGAGAUGGUCAGCAUCCUACAGAAAAGGGUGGAUGACAGCGCGCUCAAGGUUUGGGAAGCAGAGAAGAAGCUUCAAGAACAGCAACGGAGGUGUAUCGCUCUAGAGCAGCAGUUUGAAAAAAUGAAAAUGGAGUCCAGGAAGAAUAGCAGCGCAGCAAAGGCCCAUUCAAAGGGCAAAGCAGUUCUGCACCCAGGUCCCUUUUUAACCACAGGCCCUGUAUCUACAGCUCAGCCACUCGGCAGCACCAGGCUGAGCUGGAAUCCAAGCGAUAGGAAAGAGCUUCCACCAGCACAGCUCUCGGAAGUGCCCCUGGAGUCCCAGAUAGAAGAACUGUCCACAAGGCUUGCAAUCCAAACGGAGGAGAACGAAGGCCUGAAGACUGCUUUGCAGGACACCGUGAAGACCAAAGAGGAAGACUUCUGGGUGUACCAGGAAACGGUGGGCCAGGUGAAGGAGAUCUUCCUGCAAGCAUUGAGGCAGCAGAAGCAGGACAGGAACUGAGCCACACCCGUCCAGAGCGCCCUGUGGAGGGAGGAGGUUAUCAGGGAACCCCAGCGUCCUUGGGAAUCACAUUGUUACACAUGGCCAGGUUUGUCGCCCCCAACUGAUAUUUAUUUAAAAACUUGCAGGAGGGAGUGAGACAUAGAACUGAGCUUGAUCCCGUUGAAGAUGCUGAUGCUGUAGCAAACUCUUUCCAGCCAGAGAAAGAGAGAGGUCAGCUCUUCUCAUCCAUAAUGAUGUAUAUGUAACUGUAUUUCGUGGAACUCUAGGCCUGUACGCUUUCAGGGCAAGUCUAGAACCUGGACGAGCUGCCCAUAAAAGACGCGCCUGUGUAGAAACAACUGGACCAACUUUAUGCGCCGGCCAUGCUGCUGUUCUUUAUUUGUAAA